AUGACUCCAAGCUCACUCCCCAACAACGAUUCAGCCCCAGGUCCUUCAACCAACCCCAACCAAGGCCGCCCUCGUGGUCGGGGCACAUACGUUCCUCAAGCUUGCAGUGCUUGUCGACAAAAAAAGAUAAAAUGCGAUGGCCAGAAACCAACCUGCACAGCGUGCUUGAAUGCAGAUCGCGUUGACCAGUGUUUGUGGACCAAGGAUGCCACACCCCUACGGAAAAACCGCAAUGAAGCGUUCUUUGAAGCCCUAAAGAAACGGAACGAUGCAUUGAAAGAAUACUCGACUUACCUGGAAUCGCUGCUCGAACGAUGCAGGGUAGCCCACGGCGGUAUACCCUCAGACGUCCCCUACGUUCAACGGCGACCUCGAGAAGAAUUCGACACUCCGGAUAUGUCGUUUGACGACAUCGACCCUACCAACUUUGGCGGUGGCGAUUUGGAAGCCGUGGUGGAUGGAACGAACGGGAGCUCAAUACAAACACUCAUAGCACCCAUCCAGAAGCUUACAGAUUUCCCUUUCCAGCUGGAAGAAGGGUCCUUGAUGACCUUCGGCUCAACAUCAGUCUUUCGAUUCCGGCCAGUCGUCCUCAACAACGUUCCUUCACGAUUUCCCGCCAUCAUGGAGAAUCCCAAGGAUACCUAUGUCCUGCUUGUGGAAGGCGUCGACAGGAGCUGUUACAACCCCAACUUCGACUGGGCCAGAUAUCUUCCAUCGGUUGUUCCACUGGAUCGGAUGCAGCAUGACAAGGCAUUGGACCUGACCUUCAAGUUCGCAACCUCAUGGUGCCUUCGAAUCAUACCGGGACUCUUCUGCCGUGAUAUGUACCGCGCACUGAGCGUUCCCCGAUCCCAACCCCCUCCCAAGACUGCCCACUACUCGCCGAUGCUUCACAACGCACUGGUCGCCCUCGCCCUAAGCCUCCUCGACGAACCCGCCUUCCGCGACCUGAAGACGCGGAAGUACUUUGCGGAUGAAGCGAAGAAAUACAUCGAUUCAGAGUGUUCGCAGCCGAACCUCUGCACCGUCAGUGCCCUCUCCACGCUGGGCACCUUUCACUCAUCUCAGGGAGAACAAACGUUGGGGUUCAUGUAUUUUGGUAUGGCGGCUCGCAUAUCACAAGCCCUGGGCCUGGACGUGGACUGCUCGGAAUGGGUCAAGCUGCACCUAAUAGAGGAGACUGAUGUCCUCGAUCGCUACUGGACCUUCUGGACUAUCUUCGCUCAGGACGUUAAUUGGUCGCUUUACGUGGGAAGGGACUUCUGUGUCCGAGCCCCAACCGAGAGCGACUUCAAGGAUAUGCCUGUGCCAUUCGUGGACACCGAAUUCGAUAAGCUCCCUUUCCACCACCCUCCCUCUAACAUCCCUCCACAACCUGGCUACCUAUCCAAGGUGUUUGCAUCGACAUGCGAGCUUCUCGUCAUUGCUCGCCGUAUCAUGAACGUGGUCAAUGGGAUCUCCAGAACGCGUGUUCAAGCAACUGUCAUUGAUGAGAUGAUCAGUGAUAUUGAGAAGCCAAGGGUCAUCCACAGCUCUGACAAAGAAAUAGACCACGUCAAGCUGUGCAAACGCGCUGCGGAGAACAUUAUGGAUCUACUCGGGAUCUGGAAGCAGCUCUAUGGGUUGAGAUAUACCCCUGUCAACAUCAUUCAACCUUUGUUCGCCGCUGGUACCAUUUACCUUCUAUCUGGGAUCCAGGCCACUUCCGGAGUUCGUGUGGCGAACAAGGAACUCAAGCAUUCAAUCGACUCGCUCGAAACAUGUAUUUCCCAUCUUCGCGAGAUGUCCAAAUCGUGGCAAUGCGCUUCCAGCAUCCGGUCGAUUCUCCGAAGCUUGUUCGAGGACAAACUGAAGCCCGCGAUGGACAAGAAGAAGCCCAGCAUAGGACCGACCAAGGCGCAUUUGCGAACCAACUCGGAGGGAGAUAGGAUUUACAUCACCAACCCUCCAUCCCGCCGUCACUCGACUCGGUAG